UUUCCCCGUCCCUGCAAUUGCUGAGAGCCAGCCACGCACCCCCCCCCCCCAAACACGUCAUGCUGGACACGGAUAGCACUAGUGCUAUCGGCUCCACCGCCUCCUCCAUGCGAGACCGACUGCUCCAAAGCAUCCCAGGGCCGCAGCAGGUCCUCAAGGCCAUAACAGGCACAUUGGGGGUUUCCUCGGUCUCAAGCCCACAGCAUUUGACCGAAGAAACGGUCUUCCGGCAAUGUCCCGGGGCCGAAGUGAGCUGUCAAACCAGCUAUCAUGGCCAGGAUCUAUGCUGCUUCAACUACCCCGGCGGACAGAUGCUACAGACACAGUUCUGGGACGCUGACCCAGCCAUUGGACCGCAAGACUCUUGGACCAUUCAUGGACUCUGGCCGGACCACUGCAACGGCGGCUUCGACCAGUACUGCGACUCCAAACGCAGAUACAGCAACAUCUCGCUGAUCCUGAUCGACUCCGGUCGCGGUGAUCUAGUCGACUACAUGAGCGAUUUCUGGAAGGACUUCCGAGGCGACGACCCGAAUCUCUGGGAGCAUGAGUGGAACAAGCACGGCACUUGUGUCAGUACUCUAGAGACUCACUGCUACAGCGAUUACUACCCACAGCAAGAAGUCGUGGACUACUUUGACAAGACCGUCGAUAUCUUCCGAACCCUACCCACCUACGAGACCCUCGCCAAAGCCGGCAUCAUCCCUUCCUACACCCAAACCUACAACCUAGCCGACAUCGUCGACACCCUCUCCAAAGCCCACGGCGCCGAAGUCACCGUCCGCUGUCGCCACCAAGCCCUCAACGAAGUCUGGUACUACUUCAACGUGGCGGGUCCCCUGCAGACCGGGAAAUUCGUCCCAUCUGACCCAGAUGGCCAAACAUCCAACUGCCCCCGGACCGGCAUUCACUACAUCCCCAAAACUCCCCGAAACGGUCACGAACCAACCAAGACAUCACGCGGGCCUGCCGAACCCACCUCCCCGGGAACCCCCUUCUCAGGAAAAGGCAACCUCAUGAUCUCGACCCUGGGCCAGAAGCGAGGUUGCAUUAUCAGUCGCGGCGCGUGGUUCACCUCGGGCACUUGUGCGACCUUCACGACUAAGAAGGCGUCUGAUGACACGUUUACCCUGCAGUCGAGCAAGGGAGCUUGCGGGUUCUCGCAUAAUGAUGUCUUCACCUGCGGGGGUUUCAUCUCUUCUCCCACGGAGUUUAGUGUCGAGGACGGAAUGCUCUCCUUCCACGGCAAUACGAGCUUCUUCGCAGACAAAGCGCCCAAGGGCGCAACGAAGAGCAAGGUCUUCGCCACUCCGGAAGACCAUCCACUUGAGCUAGAGAUCACGUGGAGGGAGGCCUGAUAAGAUGGGCACCAUCUCCCCAUUCAGGACAUACGCCACGCACAUUCAUAUCAUUCAUUCAGUCAUUCAUAGAAGAAACCGUGUUUCCAUAAUAUAGAGCAUAUUUGCAUGGCUACAAAUCCGUCUGCAUUAGCAUCACAAGAUAUAUAUAACUGUGAAAUAAACAUGUCCGGAGUAUCAGAACAAAC